AAAUUUCUAGUUUUUAAUGGCUAUCUUGUUAUUUGGAUAACUACUUAAUACCUAGUAGGACUAUAAUACAACAAUAUAUUUGAAUGCGUCCAUCUACUUGGCGGAUGGGAUAGGGAACCAUGGGACCAUUCGCACUCCCGGUGCCCAGUUAUCGUCUAGGGAUACACUCACGCACUGAGAAUAGGAAGAAAGCAGGCAAUGAAGAGGAAAAUGGGUUAUCUGAACCAGAAAGGGAUAUACCAUCCCAUCUUCCUUCCGAUUCCAUAAAUCCCCUCAGUCACCCGCCCGACACCCUCCGCCAAUUUGCUGUUGCUGGGUUGUCACCCACAGAGGAAGUACCAUCAAAUUUGCACCCCUUAUUUCCCCACAAGCCGCUCCCAACGAUAGGGAAGGGGAGGAGACAGGGAGCACACCAUGAUAGCACCAUAUCCACAGUCAGCGGUGUUGAGAGCGAGGACGACAGAGGAGGAGCGAAGACCCAAGACAAGAACACUACAGUGAAGCAGCUCACAGAACGACUGAGACAUAUCAAUACCAUGACAGCCAUCAUGCACCGCUGCCUCAGCGACGGCGACAUCGCGCGCGCGAAGCGGGCUUUCGGUCUGCUCGUGCAGAGCAAAUUCAUCGAUAUUCGGCUCGGCGGGCUCUGGGCCGUGGGCUCGGAAAUACUGAUACGGGACGGCGAGGAAGAGGAGCAACGAAACAGACCAUCCCCAAACGACAACGAGCAGGAAGGUAUGCGUCGCUGGGGCUCAGCCGCCAACAUAGAAAAAGUGCGGACCUACUUCGAGAACCUGAUCCAGCAACACCCGCACGACCAACACCGGCCCAACUCAACCAGCGCGCUGGACUUCUGGCCCGCGCUCUUCGGCAUCGAGAUCUACAACCUAUCCGCCGAAUUCCGGCGCGCAACAGCCCGUCUAAACGCAUCUCUCUCCGACGAAAACGAGGAUAGUCUUAUGGAAGAAGAUGGUUUCGACAUAGACGACAACGCAGGGAUGGGGAUGGGGAUGAAUGUAGACAGAGACGUAGAUAUGGCAGACCCAGACGAAGCCUUUGCAGCGCGGGGACGUGAUCGGGGCGGUAGGAAGCGCAUGGAGUGGGCGGCGCGGGAUGAGAUGCGCUCGGAGACGCAGGUUGCGGCUGAACGAAUCGCGCGCCAGAUGGAUUCGAUGAUGGAGAAUGCGCCGUUUGCGACGCACCGCGGGCUCCUGUGGCUGCGCGCGAACUUGGCGCUGUUUAUUGGGGAUUUGUAUAUACCGUCGCGGCUGCUCGAUGGAGAUCGUGCGGAGGAGAGUGAGGAUGAGUUACGGGCUCGUGCUGAAUCUGUCGAGGAGCGAGGUGCGCUGGAUAGGCGGAAGGAGGAGCAGGAGCGGGCAAGGACGUUGUUCCAUAAGAUAUUGGAUGGAGGAGGGGAGGUGGAUACUUGGGCGUUGAAGUUUGUAGAUGCGGGUGAGGAAGAGGAGCAGGAUGUUAGCAUAGAGGAUGGAUGGUGAGUGUUUAUAUACCUCGGGACAUGAUAGAUACC